AAUUUGACGAUUCCGUUGGUUCCUGUCUGUUUGAGUAGAGGGAGACUGAAGGGGCCGGGCCCACAGCGGAGAAAUGGCGAGUGUGGUCAACGAGAAUGGAUGUGGAGGGGCAACAGAACCGACACAGCCGCGGGAGGAACCGGACCGGGGCGCGGCCAGAUGGGGUCCACAACAUGCCGGUGCCCGAGAACUGGCCAGCCUGUACUCGCCAGGCAAACGAUGUCAAGAGUGGAUAAGUGUCAUCCUCUGCUUCUCUCUUAUGGCCUUCAACUUCAUUCACCUUCUUGCCAAUUUCAAUUUGGGACACACGUGGUCCAUCCUGUUAGGCAUUGUGGCAGGAAUACUCACGGCUGACUUUGCGUCAGGACUUGUUCACUGGGGGGCCGAUACRUGGGGGUCGGUGGAUCUACCCAUCUUCGGAAAGGCUUUUAUACGUCCAUUCCGAGAGCACCACAUCGACCCCACAGCCAUCACCCGUCACGAUUUCAUCGAGACCAACGGUGACAACUGCAUGCUGACCAUCGUCCCGCUUGCAAACAUGGCCUUCAACGUUCUCACCCUCUCUCCCGCGGAAAUUUAUCAUAUCUACCCCUGGUACUGCUACUUGUUUGCACUGGCCAUCUUUGUGACCCUCACCAAUCAGAUUCACAAGUGGUCCCACACGUACUUCGGCCUUCCCCGUUGGGUGGUGUUCCUACAGGACUGCCACAUCAUCCUUCCUCGCAAGCACCACCGCAUCCAUCACGUCUCCCCCCACGAGACGUACUUCUGCAUCACCACAGGUUGGCUGAACUACCCUCUGGAGAAGCUGGGUUUCUGGAGAACCUUGGAGGAUCUAAUUCAGAGCGUGACGGGAGAGAAGCCCCGGGCGGACGACAUGAAGUGGGCUCACAAAGUGAAGUAACGCUUCGGGCCGACCGCACCCUACCUCAGAAAACUCGGGCUCUGCCCAGGCUUUCUCGUCUUGCCUCACUUAAAACUGUAGGUUUGUUUUUUUCAUCCACAGGAUAAAAAAACUCACCGCUUUCUGAUGCCAUAGCUUUAAGUCUUGCACUUUUUGUUGUUUGUUUGUUUGUUUUCCAAAAGGAGGGCUUUAUUUACAGAAAUCUUCAUGGCUCUCUAACAGUAAAACGUUUUCCAAAUUUAGCUUUUGAAUUUCUAACCCAACUCAUCACUCUUUUUUUGAGAGUUCUGCUAACAAGUUAUCCUGACAUCUAUCUAAAAUCAUAUGUUAGGGAGUUGAAACGAUUCCUCUCCAAGUCAAACAGAAGCAAGGAAGAACACUUGGAAGAAAAAAAAAUGCUUUGUUUCUCCUCCAGAACUCUGGAUCAGUCACUCACAUUUCACUU